UCCUCAAACCCGUGUCAGCUGAGCUCGAUUCGAUCAUUGUUUGAUUGGUUGAUGUGGAUGGAUCGGCCAACCUCCCAACCAUCAAAGGACCCACCCAUUCAUCCAUUUACCGACCAAUAAUCUCAAAAGCAAAAGCACCUGGCCUUUUACUUCUUCGUUAUUAAGGGUCACGGGUCGUCUUAAAAAAAGCAAAUAGACUCACCCCCCGGGGGACGAAAAGACCGCCCAAGGGCGCCCAAGAUCAAUAUCAAGCCUGAGCCCUGACUUGAUGGCCCGCUAAGCCGUUCCAUCGCCAUUCUCUCAUCUAACAUGGGUCUUCUCACCAACCCAAGUUCGUCGUCGGGCGGACAUCCCUUGGUUCAGAUCCUUCGCCAACACGCCCCAUGGUUGUCCUGGUUGUUGUAUGUCUUGGGUGUGGUCUCGUUCUUGGCCCUGGCCCAUCCCUAUUACGCCCACAACACAUACUUCUCUGAAAACGCCCUGCUGCCGGGUUUGGUGGAUCCAGGUUUCAAUGAUGAGAAAACCAUUUCCAGGACAUUGGAGGCAAUAAAGGAGGAAGCCCAGAACUACCCCAAUUCCGUGCCCUUUCCGUGGAUCGAGGCCCAAUUCCGUCAAUUGGGAUUGGAGGUGUACACCCACAACUUCUCGCUCAACUAUCCCUUGGGUCAAGGUCGGAAGUUCGUCGGUCAAAACGUGUAUGCCAUUCUCCGAGCCCCUCGAGCGUCCAGUAAUGAGGCCUUGGUCUUCUCCGUGCCUUAUCGGCCCCCUUAUAGUCUUGAUCAGGGCACGGAAGCCUCCCUGGCGGUCUUGAUGGCUAGUGCCAAGUUCUUCAAUCGUCAGCACUAUUGGGCCAAGGAUAUCAUUUUCUUGGUCACCCAACACGAGCAAUUGGGAAUGCAAGCCUGGCUCGAGGCCUACCAUCAACGGUCGUGCGGCUCGGGUGCUUUGGAGCACGGCGAUCUCCCAGCCCGUGCUGGCUCCAUUCAAGCCGCCAUCAAUUUGGAAAUGAGCUCGCUCCAAUUCACCCACUUCAAUUUCCGACUCGAGGGUCUGAACGGACAGCUGCCCAAUUUGGACUUGUUUAACCUCGUCAAUCAGUUAUGCAUGCGAGAGGGUGUGGGCCGAAUGUUCCAAGGCGUGGAGGAAUAUGUCAAAGGAGACCACCAUCGACGUCGAAAAGUCCGUGAUCCUUUCAGUGUCUCAUGGAAGGAGUAUGAGCGAGGUCUCUCCACCUUAUUUAGCAUGGCAUCCAAACAGGCCACGGGCGUGCCCUCGGGAAACCAUGGCCUAUUCCAUAGGUUUGGCAUUGAAGCCCUGACCAUUGAAGGCGUGUAUCAUAGGAAACGCAAAAAUCAUCGGGAGGUCCCGCUAGCCUCAGUGGGUCGCAUUAUGGAAAGUGUCUUCCGCAGUUUGAACAACUUAUUGGAGCGCUUUCAUCAGUCGUUCUUCUUUUACCUCCUACCCAGUUCGUCACAGUACGUGUCCAUUGGCAUGUAUAUGCCGGGUUUCGGUUUGCUAGCCGGAUCAUUGGUUGUCUUGGCAUUGGGAAUGUGGUGUGAAUGUGUGGCCAAAAGUCAAAAAGAACGGAAUAGCUCCAACCCAGAGAAAUGUCUCAAAGAUAUCAAGGGGGAAAGUGAAAAGUCCGUUAAACAGACCACGGUCCCGCCCGUUGUCUGUCCUCCCUCCUUGGGCUCGACCUUGCCCGUUCUGAUUCUAGCUCAUGUUCUCGGCUUCAUUGUCACGCAUUUGCCUCGACCAAUCAGCAUUGCUGGUGCCAAUUUUAACCUCGAGACGGAAGAUUCUAUUGCCUUGGGCUUGAUUGGGUUUUCCAUUUAUGCCCUUGCCCUGCCCAAGUUCCUGAAAAACGCCGUGUGUGUUACGGUGCAGAAUUGGGCCGUCUUGAAAUGUGUCAUACUCAUCGAGAUCGCUCUGUUGGGAUUUUCAGUAGCCUUGAGCAAUUUCAGCUUGGGUUUUUUCGUGACCACUUUAUAUGCCCCUGUAGCGUUGAUGAGCGGACCGUCAAAGUCAGGGGUAAAGCGAUUUUUUAAGAUGCUCACCACCAUUUUCAUCCACCCGUUAGUGCUUAUCCUAAUGGUGUGUUCAUUGGAUACAAUCCGCACCUUCUCUGACUAUCACGUGGGAAAGAUGACCACAAUGUGCUUGGAUGCUUCCAAAAGGGCAUUGUGUUAUAGCAUCACCGAUGGGUUCAUCUAUGGCAGCACCAACUUCCAAAUCGGAUCGCUUCUGGUGUUUCCAUGUUGGCACAUAUUGUGGAGUCUAAAUUUUACUCACUCUGUCUCCGAAGAGCCAAAGAAGGUUGAAGAACCCGCUAAAGAAGUAUCGUCAAAGGCUGACAUUAAGGCACUCAAGGAAUCCAAGAAAGACCAAUGAAAGAACUCAUACUCGCAUUCAUUCCUCCAACGAUUUCCUCUCAUUCGUUCUGUAAAUACUGUACUUUGAAGUAAUUAACUUAUAAAGCUGUGAUUUUGGUUAUUAAUACAACAUAAUAACUAAUAAAACGCAUAGAAAGUGUCAA